AUGGAAAAUGCUUCAUCGAAGCCAAGUGAAAUUGACACUCGCUCCAUGAUGUCGAUGCAGGAGGUAGACCCUUCUCCUGUGGACGAUGAGACCCCGGAUCUGGAAAGCGGCGAAUACUUCCCAACAAAGCCCAUACAGCGAGGAGUUCCUGAAAGCGGUUCUUCCAUCCCUAAACUCGGCCUUCGGGGGUAUAACUGGGACACUUGCUUGUCCAUGCUCCAAAAAUACUCUACUUAUCCGCCAACCUUGUUCUUCGGCCUGCAUUUUACAAAUACUUCCCUCAUUCCUCUAGUGACUCGCUCAGUGCCUGCCAGCGAAAGCUAUUUGCUCCUCACGAGACCUAUAUAUCAAUCACCUUCUCUAGAGCAUCUUGUACUGACCGUACCCGUUCUGAUCCAUAUUGCGUCCGGAUUUGCGCUAAGGAACAUCCGCUCUUCCCGCCGAGCGCGACUUUUUGGAGCAGAGAAUAGGUCUCAGCGCUAUUUGCUCAAGCUCUGGCCUCGAAUGAGUUUGCAAGCUCGAGUUGGAUAUAUUCUUUCCCCACUCAUUGGUGCUCAUGUUCUGGUCAACCGUGUCGUGCCGCUAGUGGUCGACGGUGGAAGCUCUGGUAUUGGUCUAGGAUAUGUUGCUCAUGGGAUCGCACGGAGUCCUGCUCUUUGGAACGUAUACUACUUGGUCUUUGUGGCCGCUGGUGUCUGGCAUUUUGUUGGGGGUUGGGCGUCGUGGAUGGGAUGGAGAGUUACCACAGCUUGGAAGGAACGAAGCAACACAAAAGGAUCCCUUGAAGGGUGCCUGGGGUAUAUGGAGAAUGGGAAACGGAUCAAACGACAAAGGAAAAUGUGGUGGAUUGUCAACGGCAUCGCAGCUGCGGGUGCAUCUGUUUGGCUUGUAGGCGCUCUGGGAAUCAUUAGACGGGCUGGGGAGGGCUCUGCAUGGGAGUCAAAGAGUUGGAAUGAAAUGUAUAGACAGAAACGAUUUUACUGCCUGACAACUCAUCGUGUCCUCGCGUUUCUUAAACGCGAAGUCCCUCCAUUUCCACGCAGUGAGCGAUUCCAGUGUACCCCCUGCUGUCAAAUCGCACUACCCGUCCAACGGAACUAUAGAUCGUUAUCGUCAGUUAUGGCAGGAUUGCCCCAGUCUCGGAUGGCGAAUCAAUUGGUGCAACAUAGCGGCAAAGAGUAUAUGACAGUCAAGGAAGGACUCGCCUACAUUUUGAACCCACCUGCCCAAAACGCCGCCUCAAAGGCAACGAAAAAAGAUCUCAAAGCCGAUGAUGAAUCCCAGUCUGUUUUCUACAAUCCUAUUCAGCAGUUCAAUCGAGAUCUGAGUGUGCUCGCGAUCAGAGCGUACGGAGAACAUGCAUUGGCUGCGAAGAAACAGAAAGCCGAGAAGAAAAAGAAUAAAAAAUUUACAGGAAGUGGAUCAGUAACGGGCAAAAAACGGAAAAGGGGCGAAGAGGAGACAGAGAAGAAUGACGAGAAAGAAAGAGCUGUGGGAAACAGCAGCGAGCCUGCUCCAGAAUUGCACCACGAGCAGAAGAUUCCCCCAUCAUUCACCAUCCUAGAUGCCCUGUCUGCUACGGGGCUGCGCGCUCUACGAUAUGCUUCGGAGAUUCCGUUCACAACAUGUGUUAUUGCCAACGAUUUAUCAUCGUCUGCAAUAGAGUCGAUGAAAAUAAACAUUGAAUACAAUGGACUCGAAAAGUUGAUUCGGCCCAAUAAUGGCGAUGCGCGCGCUUAUAUGUAUAGCGCUCAUAAUUCAACUAGUACCAAUGUCGAAGGAAUCAAUACCAGCAAGUUCGAUGUCAUCGACCUGGACCCUUACGGCACUGCUGCUCCGUUCAUGGAUGCUGCAGUGCAGGGGGUUAAGGAUGGGGGUCUUCUCUGUGUGACCUGCACUGAUGCGGGUGUAUGGGCCUCAAAUGGAUAUCCUGAAAAGUCGUUCGCAUUAUAUGGAGGCGUUCCAAUUAAAGGCUCCCAUUCCCACGAGGGAGGCCUGCGCCUUAUUUUACAUGGACUUGCAACAUCUGCUGCCAAAUACGGGCUCGCCAUUGAGCCCCUUCUCUCCCUAUCCAUUGAUUUUUAUGCCCGGGUAUUUGUUCGUGUACAUCGAUCUCCAGCUGAAGUCAAGUUUGUUUCGGGCAACACCAUGAUGGUCUACAACUGUGAUUCGGGCUGUGGGGCGUGGUCAAUCCAGCCUUUGUCACAGACCAGGCAAAGGCUAGACAAGAGAGGAAACCCUUUUUAUCAUUAUGGGUUUGCCACAGGGCCGGCUGCGGGCCCGUACUGUGACCACUGCGGCUUCAAGACGCACUUGGGCGGACCGAUGUGGGCUGGACCGCUUCAUAAUCCUCAUUUUAUCCAGAAAAUUCUGGAUAUGCUUCCUGGUGCAGACAGAGAAAUCUAUCAAACGGUCGAUCGCAUUGAAGGAAUGUUGACCACAGCACUCGAGGAAGACCUGGACUUCAGUGAUCCCACCAAAGGGUCGAUUCCAGAGCAGACCGAUACAGUUGGCCAAGAAGCUGAGUCCACUGAAUAUGCAGCUAUAAUACCUCGCCUCGACCCGGCAACCCGGGAUCCUCAUCCUUUUUACUUCAGUCUCAGUGGCCUUUCAAAGGUUCUUCACACAUCUACAAUGCCAAUUGACGCGUUCCGCGGGGCUAUCCGCCAUGUAGGCUACCGCUCGACCCGUAGCCACGCAAAGCCGAAUACGGUACGCACGGAUGCACCUUGGGAAAUCGUAUGGGAGAUCAUGAGAGAAUGGGUGAGACAAAAAUCGCCUAUCAAGCCGGGUGCUCUCAGCACUGGAUCUGCUGGCGCUGCCAUUAUGGAGAAGAGUCGAGAAAACCUCCGGAAAAUAGACGGAGCGAAUAAAUUGCUGUCUCAGUUGAAGAAUGAAAUCGUAUCUGCCGUUGAGAGCGGAAAGGACGCCAGUGACCUUGUGACAAAGGUCGAGGCUGCGCUAUAUCGCUCUGGGUCCAAGCAGGCAUUAAGUCAAAACUUGUCCGAGGCUCAAGACGCAGGCCAAGUUGAGCCGCAAAAGAAUCAAGCGCAGGUUGCCGCAUCCUCUAAAGGUGCAAUGUCUGCAAGCCCUCAUCUAAAUCUCGGCACAUUGGAAGUCGUUUUCGAUGAGGCUCUUGGCAGGGAGGCAUCCGCUGUUCAUACUAAGAAGCGCCUCGUCCGGUAUCAAAUAAACCCUCGGCCGAACUGGGGGCCUUUGAAUCGAGCCAGUGGAGGCCAGCAGCCAUAA